AUGUGGAGCAGGCUGACGGGCUCUUCGGGUGCCUCGCAGUCGCCAAAGGACGACGACGCUCGCCGCCGCCGCACCACCACCAGCGACUCUACGCGUUCUAAGCGCGACCGGGAUCGAGAUCCAGAUACCCGCUCCGUCGUCUCCUCAACAUCCACCCGCAAGCCCUCGGUCUCUCGACGCGACACUGCGCCCUCGUCGACGGCCUCCUUCACCACUGCAUUUGACGACAUUCCGCGCUCACGGGCUGCACCAAACACUGACCCAAACAGCGACUACGACAGGCGUCGCGACGACCGCCGCAGCAGCUACGCAGAGUCUUCAACAUCCACCAUGCGCGACGACAGAGACAAGAAGAAAAAGUCAAAGGAUAGCAAGUCAGACAAGCGCCGCUCGACGCGCUCAGAGCAGUCGGCUAGCGUGACGCAGACGGGCGGCUACCGGGGCGACAUUGUUGACAGUCCCAAGUCACUCCAACGCAGCUACAGCGAACAGAUGGGCAGCGACGGCCUUUCGCGCUUCCCCGGCCAGGCAGGAGCGCCCAUGAUGUCGGGCGCUCUCCCCGUGGGAACCAAUGGCCCCCAAUCAUCAUCAUCAUCAUCACAAUACCAAAACCAACAACAACAACAACAACAAGGCCACCACUAUUCAGAUCACGUGCAGAGCCAGUUCCCCGGCCAGGAUCCUGUAAACUAUGCCUCUAGUGCAAUGCCUGGCGGCCAUCCCUUUGGCGCGGCUGCCGAAUUCUACAACGAUCAGGGCCAGUCUGUUGGUCAACAGCCCGGCGUGAGGCCCCAGCCCCCAUCUGUCAUUGUCGGCCAGGAUACACCUCAUCUCAUGUCUGCUUCUGCCCAGCCCAACCCCGUUGCCGACACCGGCUCGGGCGCGGCUGCAGACUUCUAUGCCCAAGGCCCUAGCACCUCUUCAUCCAGGCCUCCACGGCCGUUGAGCUCAUCCAUGCCUGGUGCCUUCGUCGACGACACACCUGCCCCGCCGAAGCCGCCCCGGCCGGCGUCGUCGUCGAGACCUGACAAGCCAGGCACCUUUGGUACAGCUGCUUCAAUGGCCAGUGCUGCUGCCUUUGGAUAUGCCGCUGGCCAUAGUUCUUCUAGUCAUGAGCACUCGGCAAGCUACAGCAGCUCGUCGAAUGUUCGUCCCCCUUCAUCAUUCUCGUCAUACACUAAUACUGCCCCUGCUGCCCCUGCAUCUACUUAUAACAUGUAUGGAAACGGCCCUAAUACCUCUAAUGCUAACGCCAGCAAUGGCAACCAUCUUCCGUCAUACCCCGCAGCCGCUCAUGCCAACGAUGACAUUCCUCCACCCAAGCCUCCGCGACCAAGUAAGCCCGAAAAACACUCGUCUGGCAGCAACGCUGGACUCCUUGCUGCUGGGGCUGCGGGGCUAGCGGCAUAUACUAUGCAUCAACACAAUUCAAGCACGCACGAACACUCCCAUUCACACACUCAUACACAUUCACAUUCGCAUGGCACCUCACAACAUCACUCGGCUUCUGGCGCUUCCAAUGGUCACCAAAACAACGGCCUUUUACCAAGUGCCUACGUCUCGGGCGGCAUGGCCCAGCAUCACCAGCAUACCGGUCCCGUUUCCCGGUUCGUGGAUUGGUGGAAGGACUAUGAGGAUGUGCAGAAGAUGGAGGAGUACACCGAGUACAUUGGUGUCUGUAAAGGAUGUUUUGACCCGCGUUCCUCCGUUCUCGAUGCCCCUCGAAAGCACCACUACUACAAACGACGUUCCAACGAAUUCAUGCGGCCUUCAGGAGGCAUUGAAAAGCAAUCUCGUUACAACUUGAAGGAGAAGAGGUCACAAAACUCUAUUUCGGGUGAGGAAAGACGUAAGACGAGCAACAGCGCUGCAGGUUGGAUGGCUGCAGGACUGGGAGGCCUCGGCCUUGCCAAAGCUGGAAAGGCUGUAUGGAACAAUGCUCGGGACGAUUUCGACGAUACCUACAGCAUCAAGUCUGGACGCUCGCGUGUGUCACGUCGCAGCAGUAGCCGAUCCCUUGAUCGCAAGGGCUAUAGCUACGGUUAUGCAGGUGUUCGCCACAGGAGUCGAUCUGGUGAUCGCAUGUCCAACAUGUCUGUAGGUGUUACGAGUGACAGGAAGGACCGCAAGGCCCACAAGAGUCGCCGACAUUCCAGAGCAAGCUCCAGUUCCAGUUCUGACAAUGGCAAGUCUGGCCUGAUUGGUGCUGCUAUUGGUGCAGGUCUUGCGGGAGCUGCUUUGGGAGCUUCCGCAAGCAAGAAGCGUCACGCCCGCUCCAAGUCACCUAAGAGGGUUCAAGUUGUGCAUCCCCGCCGAGAUAGCAACGAUGAUGACCGAAGUAGAAGAUCUCAACAACUCCGACACAAGGUAUCCCGGAGCUCGACUUCUGGAGCGUCCGUCAUUGAGAUUGGCCAAAACCACGAACAUGAAGGCGGCUUCUUCCAAGGCUUCUUCGCAGCUCCUCCACCAAAGGAGAAACGUGUGAAGCCGGCUAGUCUUAAGAAAAAGAAGGGCGGCUUUUUCAACUUCACCAACGCUUCAACAUCUUCAACCGACUCGGAUAUGGCCUUUGGCACCGGCUAUGUGAGGAGACGGAGGCGAUCGUCUCACAGCAGACGUCCGUCACCAAAGAGGCGCAACUCGGACGAGCGACUCAAAGCUUCUCUCAUUGGUCUUGGUGCUACUGCAGCAGCCAUCACAGCAGCAAAGGCUGGCAAAGGAAAACGCAGUCGUGACGUUAGCGUCGUCAAGGAAAACCGCAAAACCCUCAGGGAUAGCCAGUCUUCUCGCACUGGUUCACGUUUCGGAGAUGAUGAGUGGGAGGACCUGCCAGAUGAUGGCCCCUCUGACUCUGCAAGUGAUGGCGGUCUUGUCUACGGUGAACAUGUACUGAGGAAAUCCAAGAGUAAUGAUUCUAUGGACUCCAACGGCUCGGGUACCAACAAAUGGGGUUGGCGUUGGGGAUUCGGCAAGAAGAAGAGGAGAUCAUCCAACAACCUCUAUGACAAUAUCGCCAAUACCUCGCUCAUUGCACCUGCCGCAGCUGGUGCUGUGGGUGCUGCAGCAGGCGUAGCAGCUAUUGGGGCGACUCAAGCGCGUCCUGAUAGUCAGUCGAGCAGUGCGCAGACGCUGCAGUCAGUAUAUCCUGUUGCGCCUCACGACCCUAAUGCAUUCUUCGAUGCACGACGUACAAGCUCUAUCGCGACAUCGCAGCCUUUAGUCACCUCGGGGCCUGGUUCUGUAAGCCUUCAGCAGCCCCAGCCCAUGCAUCAAGUCCACGGAACCGUCUAUACCACCCAAGCACCACCACCGGCUAGUUACAAUGCCCCUACGGGUCCUCCAGUCUUUUCGCAAGUGCCACCGCAGCCUCAAGCCCAGAACAUCAUCAUUAACAACAACAACAAUCAAUUCCCGCAACAGCCUCCUCUUCGCCGAGCAAACUCUUCACCCAUCCAGACGUCUUCAUGGAGGCGAGAUGCCGCUAUUGCAGGACUUGCAGCCACAGCUGGAGCUGCUGCAAUCUCUGCAUUAAAAUCCGAUCGUCCACCCAGUGCAUCCAGCAAUGUGCGUUUCGAUUUGACACAAGCACAGACCGAAAAGGAAAUGCGUGAGCGACGCAGACAGCAGGAGCGAAUCGAAGAAGAGGCUCAACGUAGACGUGAGCAGCAGGAACGAAUUGAAGAGGAGGCUCAACGUCGACGCGAGCAACAGCGGCUCGAUGACGAGGCAAGAUGGGAAGAAGAGGAACUUGCCCGCCGAGAGCAGCAACGCCGGGAUGAUCAAGCACGACGACUAGAGACGGCACGUCGUGAAGAGGAAGAACGCGUGCGCCGGGAACACCAACGACAAGAAGAAGAAGCCCGCAAGGCGGAAGAAGAGCGGCGCCUAACACUGCUUCAUCUAGAGGAGUCGAAACGCGAGGAAGAAGAGCGCCGUCUGACGCUACUUCGCCAAGAGGAGACAAGACGCGAAGAAGAGCGCCGUUUGAUCCUGCUCCGUCAAGAGGAAAUAAAGCGUGAAGAAGAGGAGCGUCGUUUGACUCUACUUCGCCAAGAAGAAACAAGGCGUGAAGAAGAAGAGCGUCGUCUAGCUCUGCUUCGCCAAGAGGAGACGAAACGUGAAGAGGACGAACGUCGCCGUCGCGAAUUACAACGCCAGCAAGACGAGGCACGAAAGUUCAUGGAGAUCGAGCGCUUGGCGAGACUUGAAAAUGACCGUCGUCGUGACGAGCACGAGUUGGCAGCACGUCAACUGCGAGAGGCAGAGGAACGCGAACGUCAACAACGCUUGGCUUUCCUAGAGCACCAACGUCAGCUUGCUAUCGAGGCCGCCGAGGAGGAGCGAGUUCGAAGAGAGCGCCGUGAGGCUCAACAACAAGAGGCAGAGCGUAUCGAUGCUGCGAGACGUGAGGCUGAGAUCCAGGAGGACCUGGAGCAACGACGCAGGGGGCGUGAGCUACAAGAUUCUAGUAAUCGAUACCCAAGUGUUCAGGCCCGACAGCUGGAGGAACAACCUGCAGGUGGCUCAAUCGCCUCGGCUGCGACUGUCGUACAACGCAAGGAAAAGGAACUGAAAGACAGAGAACGAGAAGCCCUCAAGCCAGAAAAGAAAUCCUCUUCUGUUGCUAGUGCUGUUGCUGCUGGCGCCGCUGCAGCAAUUGUAGGCGGUGCCAUCUCCUCCUACAAAGACAAGAGCAAAGAGAAGGAGAAGGAGAAGAAGGAAAAGGAGCGCGAGCGAAAGCGUGACCGCAGCCACAAGCGCCAAUCUUCUUCAUCUUCGAAGAGCAGUGAAUCCAAGCGCGGAAAGAAGCGAGAGCCGGCCAGUGUCAAAACGAUUGAACCCAGCAGGGUUGAGCAAGACAUGUUUGAUGAAGACAUCUUCAACCCAGAUCUUUUCAAGGAGCCAGCCCGGCAGGAUGCCCGCGAGGUCCUCCGAGAUUGGGAAGACCGGUAUUCUGCUAAACCCGUGUCCCAAGCCGAAUUCUUUGCUCCCCGAGAGCUCUUGGCUGACGACAACCUGCCAAAGGUUAAACCUGUAGACCCUAAUGAGGGUGCUGGCGAUCUCCAGAUGUACUAUGCGCAUGAAGAUGCUCCUUCCGGCCAGCCAAUCUUGCCUCCAUACCCACCUUCUUACUCUUUCACUGCUACGAGAGAUGGACGACCGACCAAGCAACAGCCGCUACCGAUACCAGUACUAAGCCUUACUAUGCCUACACCCCCAGGUAGUCGCGCGCCAUCUGUGCGUAGUGUGUCGCCUUCUCCCGCCCCAACUAGGGAACCUACCAGGGAUACGAGAGACGAUUACAGGCAAGAAGACUCGAACCGCGCAAGGUCUAGGGUCAGCUGGGGGGAGAACCAAUUCCACCACUUUGAUGUGCCUACCCCCGAGUCUUUCCGCGAACAAUUUGUCUCUGAUGGCGAUCUCAAGAGGCAGCAGCCAAACUACUCGUCUGAUCAGAUCACUGUAGAACGCGAAAUACCUACGUCCACAUACAUACCUUAUCAACCAGGCACCCCUUCGUCCAGCGAGUCGAAGGAGACCACUCCAAGCACACAAUACGUCAGCGAUGAUAACAGCUCAACUUGGGAUAGUGUCGUGAGUGCCUCUGCCUCUUCGAAGGCGAGUGAGAGGAAUGAGAAUACUCCAUCGAAUUCUGCCUCUGGAUCUGCUGUUUCGAACGUCUCGGCACCCCCACCGCCCCCACCGCAGAAUCAACAGGAUGAGUACGACUACAAGCGCAUCAAUGCAUCACUCCUGAGUAACCCAUUUUCUGACACGAAUAUGGCACCUUCCACAAUUGCUGCAUCACUCAUCUCAGCUCCGUCAGCCAUCUCGGCUCCAUCAAUCAUCUCAGCUGCGCCAUCGACAAGCAGUGUACAGACGGCGUACUAUCAACCUGAGCCAGCGUACGACAUGCGCAUGAUGCCUGAUAGGAGGACUGUAGGGCCUGGUUUUGUCGAGGGCGAGAUUCCGGACGACCCUGUGCCGUUGCAUAUUCCGGGCAGUUUUGAGGAGGCAGAAGAGUCCGAGCCACCGACACCUACGAUGGAGAGUUUCGCAGCUGCAGCGAAGAAGGACACGAAGGGUAAGAGUACUGACUCGAAUGUAGUUUUGCAGGAUGUCCCUCGGCAGGUUGAGCCAGAGCCUUCCGUGGUUUCUAAGUUGUCAAAAGGGAAAGGGGUUGAAUCAGACACCAAGUCGAGCAAGAAGGACAAGGAGAAAGACAAGGAAAAGAAGAAGAAGAAGAAGUCCUCCAAAUCUUCGAAGCGAAUCAGCGUUGAUACUUGGGAGUUGGACGAACCUAGUCCACCGACAAGCCCUAUCCUCGAACGUGACCCUCGAGAUAUCGAGCCAUCAAGAGCUGUCGAGUCACCAAGAACUGUCGAGCCAUCCCACUCUGGCGAGUCGUCACGGACAGCUGACCGUGGCCAAGACUAUCAACCAUCAAAAAGUGCAUCUCGCAGCGAUGAGGGUAGCAGUGCCAAGGUUUCCACCGCUGCCUUGGCCGGUGGUUUUGCUGCUCUGGUAGGCACUGCUAUAUCUCAAGACCGAGACAGGAUGGCUUCCGAAUCCGAACGUGCCAGGCGUAACCUGGAGUCAGCAGAGAAGCCCUCAUCCCGUGACUCGCACUCGUCUUCAUCCAACAGCAACCAUGCUCCUGAAGAUCCUGCAAAGAAUGUUACCAUUCCCAGCUACGCAUUCGGGGGAGUGGAUGAAUUGGCCGACAAGACGCCUAAACGUAGGAGCGAGAAAAGGAGCAGCAGCAGCGGCAAGUGGUCACCAUCAGUUGGAUCGCCUCUGAGGACAGAGAUGAAACAAGAAGACUAUAUGGGUGCUCGCAACAACUCUGAUGGUUCCAAGUAUCAGCCACUUAUUGAAGCGCCAAAAGUGCCUACUGCAGCUCCAUUUACAAGCACAUCCGAUCCUACAACUUCCCGUAGUGUAGCUGACUCUGGCUACUAUGCCCCUGACGAUUUCACACACCCCGAAUCCACUGAGAAGGAGCCUGACAAAUCCUAUUUCGCGGGCUCAAAUGGCAAUACCAGAGACAGUCAAUCGCGCGCCUCAAAUGCGGAAAGAAUCAGACGUUCUGACGAUGAGGACGACUACAGACGGCGCAACUCCUUCGACGACGACGACAUUGGUUCGAUCGCCUCGCUGAGCUACAAAUACGAAGAUCCCGACCGGGAAGAGCGACGCCGUAGACGUCGUGAAGCCAGAUCUGAAACCCGUGACAAGAGUCGCGAUAAGAGCCGCGACCGCGACUACGAUGUGGGCGAAGGCGAAGAACGAAGGCGAAAACAUCGCCGUCGCGAGACAGACGAGGGCGCUGACGAUUGGGACACGCGAUCUACAUACUCGGAAGCUCGCUCUGACGUCAAUGGCGAGCGCAGGCGUAGACAUAAGAGGAAGGAUUCAUCGCCAGACAGGAAGACAAGGUCUCGCUCAGAAGCAGCGUCUGAACACGGUGACUUGUACGACGAGCCCAAAUCUUCCCGCAGACGUUCUAGGCGGGAGGACGAUGACACUGCUUCCUUGAUAUCUUCUUUUGCAGGAUGGGAUGACGACCGCAGCUCCCGAAAAGAGAAGGAUAAACGAUCAAGUGGUCUCAUGGGUCUCUUCAGCAGCAAGUCAAGAGAAAACCUGGCGGAGGCUGCCAGCAAGUCUUCCAGGUCGAGAGAUGACAACGAUGAAGAGCGCAAGCACCGGAGACGGAGACAUCGGUCAGAUCGUGGUUCUACUUACGGUUCGGAUGAUGAUGAUGAUGUACGUUCCACUAUUUCAAGUACUAGCCGCCGCGAAAAGAGGAGCAGAAGCAGUCGCAGCGAGAGAGAUGGAGACAGGGCGGAUGCCUAUGAUGAAAAGGAUCGUUCCCGCGCUCGAACCCCGCCCCCGCAUGCCGAUGAACAAGAACGCCAUUCUUUUUUAGACCAUCGGGCAGUGGCCGCAGCAACUCCACGUCCACUGCCCGUAGGUGAGCCUGUAGAUCAGGUACCCAAGGGUAGUGGCAUCAUCCCUGGAGAUCGGGCCGAAAUUCGUCUCCCAACGUUCGACGACGCCCAACCCCUCACCGCCUCCGACCUUACCGAACGGCCCAGGACACCGCCUGAACUAUCAUUUGAAGAUAGCCGCGCGUUACUGACUCGUCUUACUGGACUUCAGCCCUGGCUACUCGAAGCGUUCCCAGACGAGCUUCCUCCCUUGCCGCUGUCAAGGCCAAGCUCACCGACUAGGUCGCCAGAGGUAGUCAGUCCAGUAGCAAGCUUGGCCAAGCGUCGCAUGUCCUCGACUGCAGUGCCGCUACGCUUCCGCAAACCUUCUGGCCCCCCUGCGGUUCAUCGCGACCUUCAUGCUGAACCCAAGUCGGUAACAAGUCCUCUCUCUGAGCCAUCUCCAAGUCGUUCUCGCCAUUCCAGGUCACAUUCUACAGAGUUCAAGUCUUCGCGUGAAUUCCGACCACUAUAUCUUGUAGAACGUAACCGCAAACCCGAUGAGAUUGAUGAAGUGCUACCACCUCUCCCGCCAAGUACCGCUUCUUCAGUGGUGUCUGGUGCUGAGUCAGAUGGAGAGUAUGAGUCUGCCUUGGAAUCACCCCACGAGCGUGCUGGGCUUUUGUCCAACCACCCAUAUUUUGAUUCUUUGGGUACCAUACCAGAUCUUGGCCCACCUGCACGCGGCCCAGAACUUCAACACCCAGAACUUCAACACCCAGAACUUCAACACCCAGAACUUGCAGCCCGUGAGAUUGAAGAAGUACAAGAGUCUGGACAAGCAACUCCCAAGGCCUCUGAUUACUUUGCAGGCGAACCGUCCGAAAAGGAGCACUCUGGUGGCCCAAACUAUGAGUCUCUCGCUGCAGCGCUUGAGGAGGCCAAGGCACAGAAGCAGGAUGAGUCCACUGAUGAUGCUUUCAUGUCAACAGUGACUUCCCCAGAAUUCGCAACGCCGCUUGAGCAAAGCGCUCCUCUUGACGAUAGAAUGAUGCGUGAUUUUUCUACCAGCCGCGGUGAGCCUUCGUCUUCGACUUCAUCCAGACUCCAGGACGCUGCUCUUGGCGCAGCUGUGGCCGGGGUUGCCGCUGCAGCAAUCAAAGACCACUUUGCCUCACUCAGAGGGAGGAAGUCCAAUGAUGUGGCUGAAAAGGUUCAAACAGUUGCCCAAGGCAAGCAGCCUGAAUCCCAAUCUAGUCGAGAAGCUGCAGACGAGCCGGAUGUCAAGGGCAAAGGCAAGCAGAAGCAGGGCAAGUACGCCAAAAGGGGAUCUAUUGCAGAGUCUACAGUUUCUACUCUAGUUGACUCAGGAAACUCACAGUACACGCCAUCGUUCAUCGACAACGAGGAUGAUUGGAACAGGGAUCCCUCUGAGUCUGUUGUGACAGACAAUGCUACGCUUAUCGGUGAACCUUCUACUAGCUCGUUCGACGACAAGGAGCGAUUUCGACAAAAGAUUCUGGACAGCACCGCGCCGCAGCAAGACCAAGAUCCAGAGAUCAGGCGUGCGACUUUCGACGAGCCUCAAGUCGCCGCAUUUAAGGAGAUUGAGCCUUUUGAGAAGCCAAAUCUGCAGCAGGACGUGCCCAGUGAAGUUGCUCCUGAUACUCCCAAGACUCCGCUGGCGAAUCGCGAACUUGUCGCCGCUGAUGUUGCAGUUCCCGAGCCGAUUGUUGAAGAAGAUGCCGCAGCCAUCACCCCAAAGCCUAAGAAGACAAGGAAGGAAAAGAAGAGCAAGAAAGGUAAGCGCGGUAGCCAACAAGUUGUCGAGCCCGAGUCUGAGCCAUCUUCUCUACCCGGAACUCCUGUUCAAGAGGAAGAGAAGAGCUUGACAUCGUCGCAGCGGCCAAGGGAUGUGAUUGAACGGGAGAUUCUACAACCUGCUUUCGAAAAUGUUGACACGCCAGAAAAGUCUGAAUCACCGGAUGUCCCAGCUCAGCCCAAAGUCGAAGAGAAAGAGCCAUCCCUACCCGAAGCAACAGUUCAAACAGAGAACAUUGUAGCCCCUCCAGAGCCCCAGCACGACACAAUUGAACGCGAAACUGCCCAAUCCACUUUCGAGGAUGUUGACCCAAAGGAAAAGUCUACUAUAUCGGAGACCACCACUCCAGCGCCCCUUGACAACGAACCCAAGCCUGAGGUUCCACUGAAGCCUCUCGGCCGCCCAGCUCAACCACAAGUCCAAGAGCGACCCAGUACUGCCGAGACAACCGAAACACCAAAGGCAUUCGUAGAGGAGUCUCGUCGCGCCUCUACAAUCGAAGGCCAUUCAUCGGCAUCAAACUCUGGCUGGGGAUCCAGUCUAUGGGGUAAGAUUGGCUGGGGCGGCAGCAAGAAAAAGGCUCCAGCUUCACUUGCAUCUUCUUCGCCUCCUUCGUCGCCGAAACCGCAAUCAUCAGUUCUUGCUGCCCUGGCUGCUGCGAGGGAGGAAAAGAGGCGCAAGUCGUCAGGCCCUCUUUCGCCAACUGUGCCGGUGGGCGAGAAGAAGGCGGUCGAGAUUGCACCGGAAGCGGAUGUCGAGGGUGUCCAGGGUAAGAUGGAGGAGGUUAAGGACGUUUUGCCUCCCGUUGCGGCCCCUUCUGCAGCUGAUGAGAAGUCUGAGCCUGUUGUCUCCGAGAAGACAGAAACGAUUGCGAAGGAAGAACCUGCUGCCCCUGUGUUCGUUCCGCCAGAGACCAGCUUCUUCACUGAUAGUGGGAAGCCAGCAUUCAGUUUCCCGACGACGGUGGCGAGAGCUACGGAAGAGAGAACCACGCCUGAUCAAGAUAGUACGCUUCAAGAGCAGAAAGCGGAAAUCAAGGAGGAUGUCCCUGCUCCAGCCACCGAGGAGAAGACUCAAGAGCCCCCUGUAUUCGUCCCACCGCAGAAUGCCUUUUUCACUGAUGACGGGAAGCCCUCUUUCUCGCUCCCUCCAUCACCUGCUAAGCCCAGCGAGCGUAGCAUCUUGACUGAACCUGCAGCUGAAGCUCCCUCUGAAGAACCAGUCUCACGCGAAUCUCUACCCGCAGAGAGCGAGAAGAAGGUCAAGAAAACCAAGAAGAGCAAGAAGGCCAAGAAGGCAGAGCAAGAGGCUAAGGAGGCUGAAACAUCGUCCAUUGUUGAAGCCCCUACGCCUACUACGGAACGGUCACUAGAAAUUCCUGUCAGCGAACCCGCUCCCGAGCCUUUCGUCAACGUGAUCCCAGCUGUUGAUGAGCCAAAACCGACUACUGAAACCCUCACCUCGGAACUCCCAUCGAAUUUGCCUGUCGAAGAAGCCCCCACGAAAGAUCAGGAUGCAGUAGUUUCAGAGCCCGCGAAGCCAUCUUCUGUCCCUGAAUUGCCAGUCAAGACGAAGAAGGAGAAGAAGAGCAAAAAAGGCAAGAAGAGCGGUGUUUCGACACCUGCACUCGAAGCUGAACCUUCUAUCGUUAUCCCUUCUGAGAUCGCCGAGGUGUCUCGCGAUGCACAACUCUCAACUACUGAAGUGCAACUCCCAGGACCUUCAGAGAUAGAUGCAGCCAGCGUCCCUCUUCCAGCGCAGGAGGUGGAUGACGAGCUCACUCUACCACUGGAGACGCAAAUGGACAGGGUCGUCCCUGAGGUUACGGAGGUGGAUCCCGUCAGUAUCCCUCUUCCCGAACAACAAGCGGACGAGGAACUCGUCGAGCCGCCUCAGACACAGACAAGUGAAGUUACUCUGCCCGCUCAAGAGCCGCAACCCGAGACAGCACCCGCCGAAGCAGUCGUCGUCGAGACUGAACCCGUUGCUACCCCAAAGGCCAAGAAGAGCAAGAAGAACAAGCGCAAAAGCGGUCUAAUCACACCUCAGCUUGAGACUGAUGUCGUACCUGAUUCUGUCAUCCCUGCAGUCGAGCCUUCUGCACCAAUUGCCGAGCCUGUCGAAAGCAUUAAGAUUGGCCAAUCUCGUGAUAUCGAAGAGCGCGUGCCGGAUGUGGUCAAGCCAUCUCAAGAGGACAAGAGCCUUGAUGCUGCGGUUAUUCCUUUGCCCGAGGAUAAAGCUGAUGAUGAGCUUUAUGCGCCUUUGGAAGAGCGGGAGGUUCGUGUUGAGGAUGCUGUUCCUGUCGAUUCAACUAAAACCGAGCGUGACGUUCCUUCCACUGAACAAAAAGCGGAGCAAUUCAUCCCAGAGCAGUCUAUCGACAACACAGUAUCCGUGCGAGAUGUACCAAGCCAGGACGUUCAGCCAUUGCCCGUUCACAUCGGUGCUCCGGCUACAACUGAGCUCGUCUCCACGCCUUCACAGCAGGCCGCCUCAGUACCAGAGGAACCUUCUACGCCUUCGAAGAAGUCCAAGAAGAAGAAGAGCAAGAAGAGCAAAGCUGAAGAAGAUGUGCCUGCCACGCCUACUGUUGAAGCAACUCGCGAGCUCGAGCCUAUCACCGAACCCGCAUACGUUGAGCCUGCUUUCGAAGUCAUCUCAGAACCCGUUGUCUCUGAUACUCAAGAGCCAUCCGCCACAACGACAGCACCAGCCGAGACCGUCAUUGAGGAGCCAGUCUUUGGCCCCGUCGGACCCAACGAGGAGCUUGCACAACCUGCCACACCACUGGAAGAAGAGCCCGCAACGCCAUCGAAGAAAUCUAAGAAGAAGAAGAGCGCCAAGAAAGACAAGUCUGUUGAUUUAGGAUCUUCCCUUACUGAGGAAGUAUCUAAUUUCAAGACUGAACCUCAGACUUCUAUCGAAGCUGCUCGAGAUACGCCGGUUGUUGAUGUCCAGCUAGUUCAAGAUACUACGGCUCAAAAGGAGGCAUUGUCUGCCGAGAUCGAGGCUGUUACACCUGCCGCCGAGCUAGUAGCUCUUCCUGAGACCGACGAUAAAGAUUUGGAUGAACCUACGAGGGAAGAGAAGGUCGAGGCUGUCAAGGAGGAAUCUAGUGCGCCCGCUGCUGAACUUGUAGCACUUCCUGCAACCGACGACAAAGACUUGGAGGAGCCAGUUGAGAAGGAGCAGGUUGAAAUUGCCAAGGAACCCGUGACACCUGCUGCCGAGUUCGUAGUCCUCCCCGACGUCGAUGAUAAGGAUCUAGAGGAAUCUGUGGCUACGGAGCAAGUUGAGACUGGCAAGACGGAGGUUACCUCGCCUGAUGCCGAGUUCGUGGCACUUCCUGAAAGUGAUGACAAGGAUCUUGAAGAGCUUGAGCUACUGGAACAAGAGGAUACUGCCAAGGUGGAGCCUACCAUAGCCCCCGCUGAGCUCGUUGCUCUUCCUGAAUCUGAUGACAAGGACCUAGAAGAAGCUAAUAUCACUACCCCUAACACUCAAGUAGAGUCUAGCCAAAAUAUCUUUGUCCCCGCUGUACCAGACACGCCGGUUGUUGAGGCUGAGCCAGUUGAACCAACGCCGAAGAAGAGCAAAAAGAAGAAGGGCAAGAAGGGGAAAUCCGUAGACUUUACCACCGAGCCAAGCACACCGGUUACUGAGGAGCCUAUGCCGCAGUUCGAUAACGCUUUUGGACCUGCUCAAGACAAGAAGCUUGUUGAGGUUGAAAGCUCUGAGAAAGACAAGGAGGCAGAGGGUGUCCGGGACGUUCAGGUCGAGCAGCCUUCUCUCCCUGCGGGAAGUGGUCUUUUUAACGAUACUCCAAUUGAGAACGAGACGAAUGAGAAGGCAACCCUUGAGUCUGCUAAAGAGCAACCUACCUCACAGGAAGAGCCAUCCGCAGAAGCUGGCCUUCAGCCAGAGUCUGUUUCAUCCGAAAUUCCGCUAGAGGCUGACGCACCUGUUGCUGUACCACUCCCCGAUUCACCCAAGCUCGAGGCCUCAGUUGAUGUUGACGAUGUCCCCACCACUCCGAAGAAGGGCAAAAAGAAGAGGAAAGAUAAAAAGAGCGAGUCGAUCUCUUCGACUCAACCUCCUGUCAUCGAACCGGCAACGACCCCUUCAGAAAACGUAGACGCUCCUCAACCCAGUGUCGCUUCGACUGAAGAGCCAAUCGUCCAGGAAGCAGUAUCUGAGCCUGCUACUUUUGAGCCCCUCGACAAGUCAAACAAAGAUGUCGUUCCAGAACAAAUUUUGCCAAUCGCCAUCGAGGCUGAACAGCAACCGCAAGAAGCUACUGAACUGGUAGAGGCUGGACCUGUUUCUCGUGACUUGGUCACAGAACAGGUUGCCGAGGAAGCUACAGCUCCUCUCUCGAAGAAAGAGAAGAAGAAGGCUAAGAAAGCUAAGAAGGCUGAGCUUGAGAGCGAGGCAGUUGCGACUCAGGAUUCUGUUCCUGAGACUACGGCUUUGGAGUCUGCACCCAUCGAUACUGCUAGCAGAGAUCUUGCGCCCCAGGCUGAGACCGAGGCCGCGGUUGUUGUGCAACCCGAGACUGAAUCCCAUGAUGUGGAGCAGAAGAAGCCAGAGAUAACUACCGAUGUGCCAGAGGAAGCUAGCGAGUCCCAGGACCGAUCAAGCGCACCCGCUGAACUCGAUAUCGCUACCACCAUUGAACUUCCUGCAUCUGUUCCCGGUACACCGGCUGUAGAGAAGACGUCUCUUUCUGGCCUUGGGGCUUUGGAACCUGCGAUUAUCAACGAGCCUACAACCGAGCAGGAAUCUACCACCCAAGAACCUCUUGAAGAGCCUACUUCUCCCAUGUCAAAGAAAGAGAAGAAGAAGGCAGCUAAGAAGGCAAAGCGCGAAUCUAUUGCAGGAAUUGAGCCAUCUUCCUCUACUCCAGUCGAUGAGACUACCCAGAAGAUUGCAGAAGAGACUAAAGAUGUACCAUCCGUUGCCUCAGAGCCGGUCACAUUCGUUGCUGUACCCGAGACUGGGAAAUCAGACGUCACUCUGACUCCUUCUGAGGAGCCCUCAACUGUUACCCCAGUGGCAAAGGAGCCUGUCGAGCAAGCUGUAGAGGACACUACCCCGAUGAGUAAGAAAGACAAGAAGAAGGCAAAGAAGGCUGCCAAGCUUGCUUUGGCGGCCGAGUCUGAGCCUUCUGAGCCUUCAGUCAUCACCGAACAGCCAGUUGAGGAGAUCAAAGAUGUCACUUCGAAGGAUGCACAGCCUGUGCCACCGCAUACUCAAGAGGACCCUGCUGUUGUAGCACCAUCUGCUCCAGUUGUUCCAGUGGCCUCCGCCGAUCCCGACAACAAAGACAAAGAGCCAAUCGUCGCCAAAGAAGCAGACGCUGUAGUAGAGCAGGAGCAACCGACAAGUUCAAUCUCUCAUCCCGAAACUGCAUCCAAACUCCCUACUCAGAUUGACUCCGGUAUCGCAACCCCCUCGACGCAGGCCAAAGAGGAUGAGGAGGCUGAGCCAGUUGAAUGGGCAAACCUGUCAAAGACGGCAAAGAAGAAACUGAAGAAGGCAAAACGUGCCUCUAUCGCUGAGAGCGAGCCGGCUCAACCGGAAGCCAGUACCGAUCAGGCAUUGAAGGAGCCUUCUGCUGCUGAACAGUCUACUACCCUGCCGGUAGUAGAUGAGUCCGCUGUUGAGGCAAAGCUAGCACAAGAACAGCUCCAGCCCCCAACUACAGUCGAUGAGCCAACAAGCGGUCCAUCUUCAGCCGAAGAAAAGACCACCGAUCCGAUUCCUGAUGAAACCAUAGACGAUGUUAAACCACCUGACAAAGAGCCUGACGACCCUGCCCCUCUAUCGAACAAGGACAAGAAGAAGGCGAAGAAGCAAGCUAAAAAGAGCGAGUCUUUUUUAGCGGAUGAGACGACUGAGGCAGCCAACUCUGAUACUCAGUCGUCUCUGUCGAUCCCUACACUUUCGGAGACUCAACAACUACCUUUCUCGGGGAUACCGCCCCCAUAUCCCCAAACUUUUGCGAACGAGCUUGUUGAUAGUAGUGAUGAUGUGAAGAAGGAAGAUGAUGUGCAGGAGGCACGUGGAGAAGUAGAGAAGAGUGAGGAUGUUGUGGAAGGUGUCGUACGGGAGGAGCGGGAAGAGAAGGAGAACGACGUUGCUAUCGAAAAUGCCAAGCAAGAACCAGAGGUUUUGAAAGAGGAGGUAGUGGAGAAGGGUGUAGAGGACGUGAAAGAGGUGGAGAAAGAGUCGUUGGAUGGUGAACAAGCCGCUGUAUCGACACCGCCAGAAGAGACCACGACCCGUGAUGUUGAGCUGGUGGCUGAGGAGAAGAAGAUUGAGGAUGAGAGACAAGAACCGGUUGUUGAACAGCCAGCAUCUGAAGUGCCUUACAUUAGCACUGCGCCUGAACCUCCCCUCACUGAGCCAAUGCCAACCACAGAGGUCGUGCCAGCCGCUUCUACUGUAGCCUCUCAGGACGAACCCACUGUCGUGUCUAUCGAAGAUUUGCCUGCUCUACCAGAAACUCCCCAGGUUGAGGAGGAAACCAAGGAAGCUUUGGAAGAGACCAUUGCAUUGCCUGUAGCACAGCCAAUUGACACAGUAGCUGAAGUCAAGGACGAGGUGCUCAACUCAUCGGAAGAGAUGGACCAAGACAAGAAGAGUGAACGCGAUAUUGGCGUUGAUGAACUGGUACCGGAAACGAAGGUCCCAGAAUCUGAACAGCAGCCUUUGCCCGCUAAGGAUGUGAAGCCUAUGGAGGAUGUCGCACGUACUGAGAGCGAUGUCGUCAUUCAACAGUCCGAGCCCGAAGUCCCGGCGGAUGCAGUGAAGCAGCCCGAGACUGCUGCACCGGAAAUCAUUGAUCGCAACAUUGACAUUGCAGUCCCAUCCGACCCCAUUCUCUCCGAAGCUCAGCUAUCAUCAGAACCCGUUGUCGAAGAGCCAAGUUCUCCCAAGAAGAGCAAGAAGAAGAACAAGAAGGCUAAGCAGCAGGCUCAGAGUGAGACACAUGUUGAGGCUAUCCCUGAGGCUCAAGAGAUCUUGCCUGAGCAGGCCCAGAAAGUCGAGGAUGUUCAACCCGUGAUCUUCAUGCCUGCUGAGUCCUCCUCUGAUGUUCAGCACGCACCAGUUGAACAGGAGCAACCUUCCGCAACACUUGACGAAACGGUUCGACCCUCAACGCCAAUUACCGAGGAUGCCGUGCAGACGGAGUCCAGAGAGGUUGUGCUCGAGCAGCCAGAAGAGCCUGUGACGCCAACGCUUUCGAAGAAAGACAAGAAAAAGGCUAAGAAGGCUAAGAAGCAGGCUGAGGUUGCGGCACUUGCUGAGGUUGUCCCAGAUGUUCAAGAGAAGACGGAGGACCAAGUUCACGUUCCAACUAUUGAGGAUAUCGUUGAAGCACCAAAGACUGAGCAGUCGGAGCCUACGCCAGAUACGACAGCCGAGUCUGCACAAGUUGUUUUGGAGACGCCUUUGCUGGAAGAGCGUGUGGUUGAUGUACCGGCUGGAGCGACUGGUGAUCAGCCCAUUCAAACGCUCCCCUCCGAGCUUGCGCCCGAAAUCGCGUCUGAAAUCGCGACCGAAGCUGAGCCACUUCCAGUCCCAGUUGCAGAGCCUGAGAUCCCUCUGGACGCUGCGUCGCUUUCCAAAAAGGACAAGAAGAAAGCUAAGAAGGCGAAGGCGUUGGAAAACGACGUUCCUGAGGCUGAGCCUACCAAGUCUGAUGACAAGGCAGUCGUUCAAGAGGCAGCUUCUGUGCCUCUGCCUGAGGAAGAGAGUGUUACGGAGCUUGUGCAAGAAGAGGAACCGCCCGUUGCGACUGAGCCUGCCAGGGAAACUGACAUUGUGCCGGAACCCAUCAUCGAACAACCAACUGAAGUGGCACAAGUCGACAAUGUGUCAGCAGACCUGCCACAAGAAGUUCCCGUCGCAGAGGAGUCAUCUGUAAGCAGCCCGAUCAAGGAUUCCAUGAGUGGCGAUGCAUCCAACGUCAUCCCUCAGCAGGAGGUUACCGUCCAGAAGCAACGUCAGAUCGAGCCUGAACAAGCUACUAUUCCACCUGCAGAAGAUGCUGAACCUAUCAUUGUUGAACAACUCCUUUCGCCUUCGGCCUCCAAGGAGGACAAGAAGGAGGCAAAGAAGUCGGAAAUCGAGACACCAAUCGUCGAAGCUCUACCUGAGACCGAAUCUGCUAUCAUCGCCACGCCAACUGUGGACGAUGUUCCCGCUCCCAUUACCAAUUUGCAAGACCCUGUGGUAGCUACCGUCGAAGAUCAGUCCAAUGCUCGAGAGAUUGAAGCCCGUCCAGAGGCUGUUGUCGCGCCUGAGGAGCCUGAUCCAGUGCUCGUCCCUAUUCCAGAGCAAGUCCCCAACGAACAAAUCUCGGUACCAGCCCGGAACGAAGAGCCGGUACCUGCUGAGGAGACCAAGGAAGACGUUGUUGUGGAGGAGCCCGUUCUCGACCGCAAGCUGAGAAAGAAGGAAAAGAAAAAGGCUCAGAAGCAGGCGGCUGCUCUCAGUGCUGAGCCUGUCGUUGAGAGCGAGACUACGGUCGAACCAAUUGCUACGCCUGCGGUCGAGUCCUCUGUACUUCCCAGUGUCGUCGAGCCAACUUUGACUGAAUCUGUUCAGCAAACGCCUCUACCGGAGCCAUCUUCAGUCCAAGGUCCUCUUCCCGCACCUGAAGUGACGCAGAAUGUGUCUGAGCAUGCCAUCGAAGAAUCAAGUGCAGGGCCCGUUGAAGCUCAAUCUCAAGAUAUCGACUGGGAAGAUGCAACGGUUCUCUCCCCCAAGAAGUCGAAGAAGGCUAAGAAAGACAAGAAGAACAAGACUGAGCCCGUUGCUCUUGAUGUAGUUGACGACUCUGCUGCCGUACCUUCGACCCUUCCCGAGCAGACACAAGCACCAAAGGUAUUGGAAUUUGGGCCAGAGACCGCAGAGUCACAGUCGCAGCUAUCUAUCACUCCUCAGGAUCAGAUCAGUACUAUUCCAGAGUCAGACAACUAUGUUAAGGAGACUGUAGUCGAGCCAGAGCAGCCUCUUCCUGCCGUUACUGAAAUCCCAAUACAGCGCGAACACCCCGAAGAACCGGUGCCAUCGAAUGAGGUAGAGUUUCCUGCAUUGCCAGAGAGUACUCCUUUAGAAGAUGCCCAGUUACGCACUGAUGUUGAUCUUGAGGUUUUGGAUCAAUCUACAGCACCAGCAGUAUCCGAUUCUGUGCAGCAAUCCCUCAUUCAAGAACCUGCUCCAAGUGUCAUCCCCGCCGAAGAGACUAUUGUCGAGCCUAUCGUGCCAUCUGCGGAAGCUGAAUCAGUUCCUAUUCCAUCGACAACUGAGAGAGAAAUCGUAUCUGAAUCUUCUUCGCCUAAGAAAUCAAAGAAAGACAAAAAGAAGAAGGGCAAGAAGAGUAUCUCUUCGGCUGAUAGCACUCCGCUGAUUGAAGCUCCCGAUCCAGUCAAGGAAACUCGGGAGACCACUGUCAUUUCUCAAAAUCCUGUUGAGCAAGCCGAAAGCCAGCCGAGUGUUGAGCCGGUUGUUCCACUAAAGCCUGUAGCGCCUGGAGUUAUUGACAGUGAGGUAUCGCGAGAAGCAGGUGCUGUGCCAAUGACUGAAGAGUUUUAUCGGCAAGUUGGACUAGAGCUGCCCAAGACCGAAGAGACGACUACAGAAACUCUACAGGAGACGCAGGCCCUAGCCACUGCGGCUGACAACGUUCAGACUACUGCUCCAGCAGAGCCAAUUGUGGAGCGACCCACGACCGUACCAGGUCUCGGUAUUAUCGAUAUCCCAAUGGAAGACAACACCCCCGAUGUUGUCAGUCAAGCUCCCGAGCCUUUCACUCAACGCGACGAAGCCAAGAAGUCCACUGAAGAGGCCACCCACCCAACAACUGAGCCCUCCCCAUCCACCAAAGCCAUCCUUGACCUUCGAUCUGAAGCAUCUAGCACCAAGCUUACUUCAGAUGAAAAGCCUGAAAGUCCCUCUCCCACCCAGUCCUCUCCUAUCCUCAGUAUGCUAAGUAAACUGAGGAAGGAUAAGAAAGCGAAGAAGAGCAAGCGCAUCUCCGACUCUACUCCGACGACUCCUGCAGCUCAAUUUGAUGCUGCGGUUGAGACGAAGGAAGCGGUUGUUGAGAAGCCUGCUCCUGCGCCUGUGAUUGAGGAGAUUGCGAGAGCUAAGGAGGAUGUGGUUGCAGAGCCGGUUGUUCAAGCGCCUAAGAGUGAGACUAGGGAAGCCGUUCAAGAACCUGUUGUGGAAGAAACACGGGAGUUGUCCGAGCCAGCUGCUCAACAGCCAGUCGAGAACUUGCCUACUGCUUCUGAGGCUCUUCCAACUGUCGAAAAGAGUGGCCAAGAAACGGCAGUCGAAGAGCCGUCAACGCCAUCGAAGAAGCGGGAAAAGAAAGACAAGAAAGCUAAGACGACAGAGGCUGUGGAGGACGUUUCGUCGGUUCUGCCCGAGACGAGCAGCUCGGUCGGCCCAGCACCAGCGCCUGAAUCGAAGAAGCCUUUCCAUCCCGUUGCUGCAGCCGAGCCUGAAAUCGUCAAGCAGGCACCACUAUCGGAGGCUCACGAACCGAGUGUGACAAAGACAGCGCCUCCGCUACUAGUUACUGAGCUAGAGCCGACUACUUCCUUUCUUCCGGAAUCCAGCGAGAGCAAGCCAGAGAGCGAGGACAAAGACAAGAUCACGACACGUCCUGUAGCCGAAAACACUCCACAGACACACCUUUCAUCGACCGUUGAAAACGUUCAGCGUGAGGCACCAUUAGAUAUCGAACCACGAGCUCCCGCAGCUGAGACUGAGACAAUACCUGAGGCCGAGGUUACUCUGGAGAAGACUAAGAAGCAGGAAGAAAAGUCAGAGUCCGCUGAGAGCGCUGUAACACCAGUACCUGAGCCAGUAUCCAGAACGAUUACUCCACCAGCCGCACUCGCUCCCGUCCCUGCUCAGAUACCAGAAGGAGCGCAGCCGCCGACACUCCAAAAGAAGCCAUCCAAGAAGCACAAGCUAGCCGCACUUUUCGAGAGUGGACAAUCACAGGGAGGCCCAGCCGUUGGGAAAGGCCUACGCAAGGGAGCAGCUGGGAGCGUGAAGAACCUCGCUGAGCAAUACGAGACUCAGGCUCGAUCCAUAACUCCCAUCUUGCCUCCUUCUCCCGAAAAGCGUCCUCGAUCUCCCGUCAAGAAUCCUUUUGAACCCGAGAAGCGGUCUGUAUCACCUGAGAAGCGACCUCCAUCUCCCGAGAAACGGCAUUUGUCUCGAGUCAUCUCCCGCAGUCAACUGGGUCUAGGAUCACCAGGGAGAUCGGACUCGAAGUCACCAGCAAGAGAGAUUGACUUUGCAGCUACCGUCGCUGCUGGUCUGCGAGAGUCUGGCUUUGAUCCUGGAUUCGUGAUCAACGACAGAUCGUUCCAUCGUUCAAACUCUAUCUCAAGCAACCACGACAUCAAUCCAGAUGACGAUGUGUUUGCCGCAAGGGAGAGGGCUAGCAGAUCCCGACUUGGAAGCUUGAGUCGCCCUUCAUCUGCCUCUGGUUCGCCAAGAAUGCGGCCAACUCGACCCGCCGAGCCUGAGGUGCUACCGCCAAUUGAAGUGGCCAUGGGAUCUGCACCUGCGGUCUCUUUUGACCCCCUAGAUGUUCUCAACGACCCGAUUUUCUCGGCACGAAAGUCACCCCCCGGUGUACUUGAGGAAGUCGAUCCCGAUGAACUGGCUGGUUAUUCCUCUCUCAGGAGGAACAAGGGCAACAAGAAACGCAAGCCUUUGCCAGAAUCGCCCCCAGAAGCCACUCCAGCCGACGUGCAAGAAGAAGCUUCAACAAAACGAGGCAAGAAGUCAAGGAAGGACAAGGAAGAUGCUUUGCUUCCGCAGGACAGUGUUGAGUAUGCAGCCGCAAGAACUCCGGCGAUUGAGGCCCUCCCCCAUGGGUCUCUUGCUGUUGAGACUUCGGCUGACUCCACCGUUCGCGAAGCUAAGCAUGACCAGUCUUUGCCGAUGGCGACCACCGAAGCUUCUGAUGCGUCGAAGAUCCAGGAAGAGCAAAACAAGGAGGACACUCCAGGCCUGCCAAUCGCAUUUGACCAAAACCCACGUUCAUUGGCUAUGGGAGAGCUUCAAGAGUACCCAUUCCCAAAACUUGAGUCGGAGAAGGAUGCGGUACAGCCUUCGAUGGAAGAGUCGCAUAAGAAGGAGUUGGAGAAAGAACGGGAUAUGAAUGCAUGGGCCCCGUCUUCGGAUAAGAAAGGAAAGAAGAGCACGAAGGGAAAAGAGAAGGUUGAGCAGGGUUUGGGGGACACAGUAACACAAGUUCAGGAGGACCACAAACGCAGAACACACCCGGUAUCUUUUGAUGAAGAGCAGCCAAACGAGAAGCGUCUUCACAAGUCGGAGUCUUCAGAAAAGACUAAAUUUGCGGCUGAAAGGACAGCAUCGCCAUCACCUAUGGAGGAAUCAAAGGAAGAGCAAGUUGAAAAAGGCAAGCAGCGUUCGACAGAGCCAAAAACACCAACAGACACACGUGCAGUUCCAUCGUAUACACCCGCUCACGACAACGAAAGGGUGAUUGACGACACUCCGACAAAUGGCAAGGGGUCGUUGCGGGCAGCCAAGAAAUUACGAAGUGAUUCACAGCUUAGACAGAUGUCGCCUCCAAAGGAGGUCAUCCAGAAAGAGCCAUACAAAUCAAUUUUCGGUGAUCCCAACGAGAAGAAGGCUGAGGUUAGUGCGCCGCCUGCGAUGCCAACGACCAAGCCUGAAAACACGUCCGGCAACACACCUUUGGCGUCAAUUACGGAAACCAGUCCAGAUGAUUCUGCCAUGCGCAAGGGUUCACGAUCCUGGAGUGACGUAGGUCAGACAGAGCGAGCACUCAAGUCAGCUCGUCGCAAGGAGAGUCUAAGGAUGCUCUCUGAUCGCCUCAGAUCACCUUCGCCGCACUCUUCAGCCCCUGGAGGGCCCACAAGUGUACCUCCGCCAGAAUAUAUGACUGGCAGAGUGACGCCUUCAAGGGCCUCAUCAAGGGGCUCGUCAAGGCGCAGAACCAGCGACGCCGUCGAUCGUGCAACAGCUCUCAGCCCUGCACGCCGGAUGCCUCGCUCCUCUCCGAGCGCAGACACAAUGAAGUCCGUUGGUCAGCAGCGUUCAGCCAGUGUGCAAAGCCAACGUUCUGUGGGCAACAUUGCGAGACUCAAGUCCCCAGAUUAUGAACGUCCGUCAAGCGCUUUGAGCAGCCAUUCCUCGCACUCUCUGCGACGGAUGGAUCGACAAACGUCAGGUGAUCUGAGGUCAGCUUCAAGACUUGGCGAGGCCAGUGCGCAGGACGCUAAGAAUGCGCAACCCACCCUCCCGAGCACUGAUGCGGCUGGGACCACAGCAGUCAUCGCAGGCGCGCCCAACUACGACCCGGUCCGUGGUGAAGGCAAAGUUCGCCACCGGUCUAGCAUGGCGGAAACCUUUGAAGCAUGGGGCGAGGCUCAGGGCUCGUCCGUAUCGCCCUCGCGCCCACCAAGCGUGCGCAAACGACAAAGUAUGCAGAUCCUGGAUUUGCAGACGCAGCUUGAACAGCUUGCGGCACAAAAUUCAUUACUUGAGUUUUCCCGGGCAAAGGCCGAAGAAACCCUACAGGCUACUCAAAACCAGCGCCAAGUUGACGAGCAGGUGGUACAAGAAGAGAUUGAAGCACGUGACCGUGAGAUUUACAAGAGGGACAUUGACAUUGCGCAACUCAAAGAUACGCUCAAGCGACUGCAGGAAGAGAUUGCACGUCUAAAAGAACUCAACAACUCACUGACAGAAGCUAAUCGCAAUCUCACCAACGAUGCCAACACGCGGUACGCCCAGCUUCAAGAAGAAAACCGCAGUCUCAUUGAAGAGGCCAAUGCCCGAUACGCACAAAUAGAGGCCGAAAAGCAGGCCUUGAUCAACGAAGCUAAUGAAAAGUAUGGAAACCUUCAAUCUGAAGGGCAGAUGGUUCACGAGCAAUGGCAAACCUCGCAACGAGAAUUGGAACAGCUCCGCCUGCAGCACACCAGAAUGCAGGAAGGGUUGGCGGAAGCAGUCCGCGACGAAAUUGGGGAGGCGCUUGACCAGCGCAAGGCUGAGAUUGAUCGCCUGACGGCAGAGCUGGAUGCCGCACGCGAAGAAAUCAAGACUCUGCAAAAGGAGAUUCUGGCUGCCAAGAAGCCCAGCGAGAGCUUCCUCACUGUUCGCGAUGAGGAUUACUUUGACAGCGCAUGUCAGCAGUUGUGCCAGCAUGUGCAGCAGUGGGUGCUGCGAUUCUCCAAGUUCUCCGACACUCGCGCAUGUCGUCUAUCGUCGGAGAUUCAGGCCGAUACCAGAUUGGACCAGGCGACUCGUAAGAAGAUCGACACCCGUCUAGACAAUGCCGUCCUAGAUGGUUCGGAUGUCGACGCACUGCUUUCAGAUCGUGUCAGGCGACGAGAUGUCUUCAUGUCGGUUACCAUGACUAUGAUCUGGGAGUACGUGUUCACCAGGUACCUCUUUGGUAUGGACAGAGAACAGCGACAGAAGCUCAAGGGGCUGGAGAAGACCCUGUCAGAAGUUGGCCCACCACGUGCUGUAGCCCAAUGGCGAGCUAUCACACUUACCCUGCUCUCGAGGAGGGAGCCAUUUGUGAAGCAGCGCGCUCAAGACACGGAGGCUGUUGUACAUGAGAUUUAUAGCACGCUCACGACGCUUCUUCCACCGCCUUCAAAUAUGCAAAAGCAGAUUCAAGAGUCUCUGCGCAACGUCAUGCGCUUAGCUGUUGACCUGUCGAUUGAGAUGCGCACCCAGCGCGCAGAGUACAUUAUGCUGCCGCCAUUGCAGCCAGAGUACGACACCAACGGUGACCUCGUUGCGAAGGUCACGUUCAACGCCUCGCUCAUGAACGAACGAUCAGGCGAGACGACAUCGAAUGACGAACUCCAAGCACGCGGUGCAAUUGUCAAGGUUGUACUGUUCCCUCUAGUCGUCAAGAAGGGCGACGAUUUUGGCGAGGGUGAGGACGAGAUUGUGGUGUGUCCCGCCCAAGUAUUAGUACAAGGGUCGAGGACCAAGAAGAUGGCGAGGGUGGCGAGCGGUGCCAUGUCCAUUAAUCGUCCGGAUUCGAGGGGAAGUCGGAUCAGCCGCGUCACUAGUGUUGCUCCACCUGAAAGCACCAUCAUGGACUACGAGAAGCCGGGAAGUAGCACGUUCUAG